GGGACAGGCAGGAGUAUCGCGCACCAUGGAAGGUUACAUCUCGCCGCAAAAAUGGGGGUGUCGGCGCAGUCAGGAGUCUCAUUGCGACAGUGAAAGCUUGUGAAAGACCAGAUAAGCCACUCUGGGAAUGGGACCUCAAAUCAGAAGCAAGAAGAACUUUGCCUUCUUUCGGGUCUUCCCACUCCGAAGACACCUAUUCAUCCAAAGGGAAUAAACUUUUCCUCUGAGCAGAAGAAGGAACAGGUGUAAGAAAAUCACAAAUGGGAUAAAGUAGUGGUAUUUGGUUUUUUUCCCCUUUGCCAAAAGGCAUGUGCCCUGUAGGCUUUUACUUAUUUAAAGUAGGAGGUUUAAGAAUAGAGCCACUGACUUUUGACAUCAUUUAUGACAUGCUUUAAAGUGAGGUGUGGAGAUCCUGCGGUCCAUACAGGCUCUAUCCUAGAAUAAAGCAACGGAAGUCUUUUGUUAGAAAGGCUGUGAUUUUUCUAAAGGUGCGUCUCUGGGGCCCUUGGUGCAUGGCGCUAAAAGGUGUCGGAGCAGGCAGAGAGGUUUAUUGGUUUCCAUCUGAGUUACAAUGGCAAAGUGGUUCAAGGAGUUCCCCAUCAAUCUGAAGAAUGGUACCGACAGGAUCCGCUCAGCCUCCGAAUCAGGCUCACAACCAAGAGCCAAUAAAGCCGGGCUGGUGGCCAGCAUAGGUACCAAAACAACCGGCUCCAAAACGGCCCAUCGCAAAAACUCCUCUGCCGACAGCACAGGUGGUGGAGGAGGAGGUGUUGGGUCUCUCCUGUCCGGACGAAACCGAAAAAACUCCGCCGUGGAGUUGAGUAGAAACGGCGUGAGCCCCCCGAAAGAUGGGAAAGUUUGGGACACUCUCCUGUCCGGGAAAAGUCGCAAGAACUCCAAAGCGGAGCCCGUGUUUGAGGAGCAGCACAGACCCCUGAAAAGCUCCUCAUCUGCCAACGCUUACAUCAGCCGGCUGAUCAGAGUGGACAAACAGGACAAAAGCCCCAACUUCAACAGCAGCACCAUCACCAACCAAGUGGUACCUGAAGCAGAGAAACCGGUUCAGUGCAAGACAGAAACGGUGAUCAUCCUUGAGGAUUACGCAGAUCCCUUUGAUGCUCAGAAGACCAGAGAGCAAAGGGAGGCAGAGAGGGUUGGGGAGAACGAUGGUUACAUGGAGCCUUACGAUGCCCAGCAGAUGAUUACUGAGAUUAGACGUCGGGGCUCCAAGGACCUGCUGAAGGUGUGUGUGCUGAUGGAGGCAGGUGAGGGAACGGUGGAGGAAGGUCAGCCCGUGCCCUUACAGAUAUACGAUGUUCCGUAUGAGGGAAGCACUGACAAUGACAGGACAGCAAUCACGCGGCCCGAGCUGGAUCCUCGACCCUCCAUUGAGUACGAGCUGCCCUGGGAGUGGAAGAAGGAGCAUAUUGUCAGAACUCUGUCAGCACAGUUUGACAGCCCUGAACGCCCAGCCAAAGAUGAGACGCCUCACCCGACGCUCACCAGGCAGCCGCAGCAUCCGCCAGCCCAGCCGCAGCAGCAUCAGCAUCAGCAUCAGCAUCAGCAUCUGAGGCAGAAAAGCUGGACCCAGAAGAUCCUGCGAUCCUCCCCUCCAACCCUGUCGCAAUCCUCCACCCCCGGCAGCAACCCUGACACAGAGGCCUGCUGUGUUGACCCCUCCCUGCCCCUGGAAAAACAGAGUUGGUACCAUGGCUGUGUGACUCGUCAGGAGGCGGAGUUUCAGCUGCAGUCCUGCAAAGAGGCCAGCUUCCUGGUCAGGAACAGCGAGUCGGACAACAGCAAGUACUCCAUCGCCCUCAAGACGAGCCAAGGCUGUGUUCAUAUCAUUGUCGCCCAGACCAAAGAAAACGGCUACACCCUGGACCAGAGCAGCUGCGUGUUCCCCAGCAUCCCAGAGGUGGUACACCACUACUGCGCUCAGCGUCUGCCUUUCAAUGGAGCAGAGCACAUGACACUGCUGCACCCAGUUCCUCGCGUCCACUGAUUCCACCAAAGCCCAGUUUAGUUAGGUAUAGAAAAACAAACACACCUCUGGCCCCACAGGGAUAAAAAGGUUUCCAAAAAUUGCCUCACCCCUGAUCAAUGUGUACUUUUACUGCUCUGCCCUUUUCAGCAAGUCUCACUUUAUAACUUGGUUGUAUGACCGUUUUAUUUGAUCAAAAAUAUUCCCAGCUCACUUUGAAAUUCUGGAUGUUUUUAUUUUACUUUGAUGUGCAGCUGAUGCAAAUGAUCUAAGCUGUUGUUUUGCAUGUGAAGAAGGGGGAAGCACAGCGCAGAAGAUGAGGCACUUUUAAUGAUUAAAUGUGACUUUGGGGUUGGUUUGGGAAUAAGACUCACACACAGUUGUGAUGUUUUAAUUAUCCAGUGUGGCUCUGUUAGAAGCUACAGAUACUUUUUAUUAUUGUUACUGAGUGGAAUUUACUAUAAAGCAGAAAGUGUUUUUGAGAUGGAGUGAACCUCAUUAGUUUGUGGCUCUCUUUCUCCCUCUGGUGGAUGUGCUGGUACACUGCACCUACAUGCCAACACAAAGAAUUUCCUUCUUUCCUCUUAACUGACAGUUGGUAAACAUCCAUGCACAGAGCAUAUCAUUCCACUCGAGAUACAACAAAGAUCAACUAUUUUAUGUUUAUGCUCGCAGCAUAUUUAUAAUUUAUGUGCUUAUACUUGUUAGUUGUCUGUAACCACUGUCUCUUGAUGAUUUCCUCUGUUUUACUGUGAAUGAGGGCGUUGUUUCCACUAUCUGCACUGUGAAGUGUGAGUGAUUCACCCUGAUACAAUGUGCUUGAAGGACCAUGGAUUUACAAUAGUUUAGUGUUUUGUUUUUGGCCAAAUUAGCCUGUUCAUUCUGGUUGAUAUCUGUAACCUGCAAAUUAUUGUGCCAAAUGUCUUUAGAUCUACAAAUGAGGAUAAUUUACAAAUACAAGUGCAAGUAAUUAAUGAAAAAUAUUGAAAUAAAGUAAACAAAGGAAAAAACUGUUUAUAUAUCAGCUUAAAAAAUGUCAUACUUGUCAUAACCUCUCUCCUUUUAAUAUUGUUCAUUCAGACAAAGUAAAGCUGUUCUCCCUCAGGGUCUAAUGCCCUUUGGUGCUAAGAGGCAGAACACCAAAUUGAGAAGUGGUAACUCUGUUAUAUUCACUGAAGUCUUAUUUUUUUGUAUGUAUUCUAAAUGUAACUCAAACAUUCAACAUGGUAUGUGUACUCUUAAGUUAGCGAUAUGCUGGAAAUGAUUCGGACAGCCCCGAUCUGCAACACUAAAUAAUAAAAUAAAAAAAUAAAAAUAUUGUAUAACUAAGGUUCAAUUCUGUCUUAUCUUUUAGAUUUUAGGAAGUCUGCCACUUUCAUGUCGCCUCGAAGAUUUAAAGGGGAGGACAGUUUGUAGUUUUUGGUGGAGCACUGAAGAAAAAGUUAUAUGCAGAGACACAACUGUUAUACAUUUUCCACCGUUGUCUAUUGAGACAUGUGGAAACCUGUUGCUGAAACAUUGUAAAACAGAUUAGAAUAAAAGGUCCUGAAUCUCAA